AUGAAACAGUCAGAUUGGCCUGUUAUUGUGGUAUUGAUAUUAGCAGUAAUUUCUUCACAUACUGCUGACGCCUCGUAUGCCCUUCCAUCAGCUGAUAUCCCAGGAAUACCACCAGACAAUUCCAACAUAACCAACGUAGAGUAUUGCAAGCUACUAGCAUAUUCUUUAUAUUUCUACGAAGCCCAGAGAAGUGGCAAGUUACCAAGUAAUAACAGAGUCUCUUGGAGGCAUGACUCGGCACUAAAGGAUGGUGACGACGUUGGCGUGGAUUUGACCGGAGGUUAUUAUGAUGCUGGAGAUCACAUCAAAUUUACCUUUCCAUUAUCGUGGAGUCUAACCUCUGUGUCAUGGGGAGCGCUAGAAUGGUUUCAGGGCUACAAAGCUGCUAAUCAGACUGAAUAUCUGAGAGCUAUGCUCCAGUGGGGAACGGACUGGCUGAUGAAAGCUCAUCCUGAGAAAAAUGUGUUGUACGCUCAAGUGGGGAAAGGCGAUAUUGAUCAUAAUUAUUGGGAUCUCUAUGCAUUUGCAGAACUACAACCAUUUGCAAAAUAUUCAGACUCGAUUCCCGAUUCCAAAGAGUUUUAUGGUUCCAGUCGAUUUAAUGAUGAUUUAGUCUGGGGAGCACUCUGGUUGUAUAAUGCUACUGGCAACACGACGUACUUUGCGAAAGCCACAGAUUACAUCAACCAAUUCUCAUUGAUAGGGUCAGAAGAGGUCAUUAAUUGGGAUGAUAAGAUGGGAGCUGCUUUCAUCCUUUUAGUUAAGUUUGCACAGCAAGCGGGACAGGACCCCGCAAAAUGGCAGCAGGUGACCGAAAAUUACUUGGAUGCAAUGAUAACAAGCAACUGCUACUUAACUAAGGGUCAUCUCCUUUACUGCGAUGGAGACAGUGAUGAAGCGUCACUUAAUCCGGCACUCAACUUUGCAUUCGCAUGCCUUGUAUAUGCUCCUCUGGCAAGUUCAUCGGCUAAAGCACAAAGUUACAAAAACUUUGCUUUCUCGCAGAUUGACUACACCCUUGGGAAAAAUCCGAUGAAGACACCCUAUGUGGUUGGAGUGCACCCAAAUUCACCUCGGAAUCCACACCAUUCUGGUGCACAUGGGGGAACUGACAUUACUAAACCAAAGAAUAACUUGUACGUAAUUUACGGGGCUAUUGUUGGGGGACCAGAUAAGAAGGAUAAGUUCUUGGAUGACAGGCAGAAUUACAUACAAUCCGAGGUGGCUUUGGAUUAUAACGCACCUUUCCAAGGUAUAAUGGCUUAUCAGGUUGUUAAUGCUCAGUCACCACCCUUCUAUGUCAAUGUUCCGCCUGGCAGACCAAAGAAUAAGAUUGGACUUAUCAUUGGCCUCGUUGUUGGGGCAAUAGUUUUCUGUGUAGCUUGUUUGUGUAUAUGGAAGCGGAAAAAAAUAAGGGCAUUCUUGAAGAGCGAUUAUAAACAUAUUCAUCUUAAACAAAUCUCACCGGGUGGUGAAAUGCAGGAGGGAAUUUAA